AUGGCAAGAUCACGUUACGAUACGGCCUCAAGCACCACAGUCUCCGCGACUAGAAACCAGAUUCGACAUGAUCCCUUCGAAGCUCUGUAUAAGUCCUCCCAAAUCAAAGCUGUCUCUCCCAAGCACGAACAAGGUGCCGGGCACAUGGCUGAAGGCUACACACGCGCUUCGGGAAAAGCUGGCGUCGUUAUAAUCACCUCCGGGCCAGGUGUCACUAACAUGGUUACGCCUAUGCAAGAUGCUGCGUGCGACGGCACGCCCAUGGUCGUUAUCUGCCGACAAGCACCAUCUGGAACACAUGCGUCUGAGCAGACUGAUGUCUUGGGCAUCACCAAGUCCUGCACAAAAUGGAAUAUACGCGUCAACUCGAUUUGGGAGCUCCCGCAAACUAUCAACGAAGCCUUUGAGGUCGCUGUCAGUGGCCGCCCGGGCCCCGUCCUCGUCGAGAUUCUAAACUCGGUGUCGGCAGACGUACUUGCGCAUGCGGCACCGAAUGCUAUCAGCAAGCCCUUUUCGAGGCGCCUGCACGCCGCAACUUUCAGUGCAUUUGCAGCGCCAAACUUCUCCCUCACUAACGCCCUAGACCGCGUUGCACACCUCGUCAAUAUUUCCAAGAAGCCCGUUCUCUACGUAGGCCAAGGCAUGCUUGCUCACCCCUCCGGCUUCGACAUACUGAAAGAAUUCGCCGACAAGGCCUCAAUCCCCGUGACGACCUCCCUCCAAGGCCUCGGCGCCUUCGAUGAGCUCGACCCCAAAGCCCUACAUAUGCUCGGCCUUCACGGCUCCGGCUACGCCAACAUGGCCAUGCAAGAAGCCGACCUAAUAAUCGCCCUAGGAGCACGCUUCGACGACCGCGUGACAGGCAACAUCCCCAAGUUCGCACCCACCGCCCUCACCGCCGCGAAAAAGGGGCUCGGUGGCAUCGUCCACUUCGACAUCGCGCCCAAAAACAUCAACAAAGUAGUCCAAGCCACCGAAGCCGUGCUCGGCGACUGCGCCGAGAACCUCGCCUCCUUGCUCCCCCGCAUCAACCGCGUCUCAGACCGACCCGAAUGGCUCUCACAAAUCCAGAUCUGGAAGAAACGCUUCCCCUUCAACGCCUACAGCCGCAGCCGAACCCCCGGCGUCAUCCAAGCCCAAGAAGUCAUCGAGAAGCUCUCCGACCUCACCGCCCACAUGAAAGACAAGACCGUCAUCACGACGGGUGUUGGCCAGCACCAGAUGUUCGCCGCCCAGCACUUCCGCUGGCGCCACCCGCGCACCCUGAUCACCUCCGGCGGGCUGGGCACCAUGGGCUACGGGCUUCCCGCGGCCAUCGGCGCAAAGCUCGCGCGGCCCGACGCCCUCGUCGUCGACAUCGACGGCGACGCGAGCUUCAACAUGACUUUCACGGAGCUCUCCACCGCGGCGCGCAAUGGCAUCGCUGUGAAAGUGCUGCUCUGCAAUAACGAUGAGAUGGGCAUGGUGAUGGAUCUGCAGCGGCUGUACUAUAACGGCCGGUUUGGGCAUACGAAGCAGCGGAAUCCGGAUUACGUCAAGGCGAGUGAGGCGUUUGGCGUCCAGGCGCAGAGGUGCAGGAGGCCAGAGGAGGUGGAGGAGAAGCUGAGGUGGCUGAUUGAGUGUGAGGGCCCCGCGGUGCUGGAAGUGGUGGUGGAGAAGAAUAGUCCCGUGUGGCCGGUUGUGCCGGCGGGGAAGGGGCUGCAUGAGUUUGUGACGUAUCCGGAGGUUGUGGAGGAGGGGGAGGGGGCGGAGAAGGGGGGUGUGUUGGCAGUGUUGUCGAAAUCUCUUGACCAUCAGCUCAUGGGGACUGGAAAGCUGCUGGAUCAAAACCCCUUCCUCGAUCUGCUAUGUGCCGGUGGAGUGGAGGAGUUGGCGGCUCAAAAUCGCAAUCGGCAGGUCUGCAUGAGUGUUGGAGGGCGGCGGAUCAAAAUGCACGGUUCCAGGGGGCCAAUGUGGUCGGUUUGGAAGGAUGAGAUUGUUCACACUGAUGACGAGAGAGUGGCAAUGAGCGCUGGGAGGGUGGUGGAUCAAAACCAGAGGUAUGUUGGUUCCGUGGGGAGAAGUAAGGAGACUGUGUGGUGGGCUCAAUCGAUGAAUUGCUGA